AAUCCUGGCAAAAAAGGGGGAGGGGGCUAUUUUAACGAAGGGUCGUGCCGAACCCCAUUCGGGUUUUGCUUCGGCUUCGGGUUUGCUUCGGCUUCGGGACCCGACGGAUCGGUUGAAUAAUUUCGCCAACUCAGCUUCAAAGCCAGCUUCAAUCUCAGCGGAUCUAUGAGUGCUGGUGACCGGUGGGCGGUGAUCGGUCUUCUGCAUGAUGCAAGAGAUCGAUACACGAACUGGGGCUCUCUCCUACGGACCGCGAUAAGGGUCAGACGUGCGUGCUACGCUUAUUUAAUUGUUAAAAAGUGAAUUUCAUGUGUGGCGUUUAAAAUAAAGAGAAUAAGUUUUAAACAAUACAACAAAUACUAUUUAAUGAAAAUGGUAUCAAGCUACCGACUAAUUUCCUCCGAUUUCGUAAUAUGAAACUAUAGAAUUUCAAGCCUGUGGCGGUUUUGCGCAUUAUUUGCGCACUACGUGGUAGUUAGGAAAAUAAUUUAUAAUUUACAAUAUUUAGCCAAUGGGUAAAUGUUUUUUUUACAUUAUUAUCGAUAAUGUAACAUAAUAAAACCACUUUUCAAAAAAAAGAAAGAUCUAAUACAUUUCAUAUCUUAAAGUGUGCAACUAAUACAUUUAAUAACAAAGUGUGCGGUAGAUCGAUUAACAGAAACAAAAAAACAGAUUAUUCUUAGGCUGGAAAUAAACGUACCGAGAUCGUCGCGGUACCGCGAAAAUCGCGUAUGACUUGAGCUGUCAAUUCUGUUAUAAAAUCUGACAGAUAGGCGAGAAAAUCGCGGUUCGUGUAUUGAACCAUCCGAGCUCCGGAUGACAAUUGAAUGUGGCUUGUGGUUGACUGUUCAUCAAACCCGCAAUUAUUGUAUACGUUCCGAUAGUAAGGAAUUAUACCAUUGAUUAAACUUAGAAUAAACACAUUUGAAAACCUUCUGAAAUGAGCCGUCAACAAAAAAUUACUGCUUUGCGAUUAGCUAAUGCAUGGUCCAAUUUUAUAAGAUUGUAUAUGGUUUCGCUCCGUCGUCCUCUACCUCUUAGAGAAUGGGCGCGCCCCAUGCUUCUUGAAAGAAAUAACCAAGCAAGUCGAUUAGUCGAAACUAUUCUAGAAGAAGAGUUGGACAAAACAAUAAUUAACUUUAUGAGGAUGUCCAGUAACGACUUCAACUUUUUACUAGAGCAAAUCGGACCAGCAAUUCAAAAGAUGGAUACAAAUAUGCGCCCGAGUGUAUCAGCCAAAGAUAAACUCAUAGUUACUUUACGAUAUUUGGCCACUGGAGAUCAGUACAAAUCUCUUGAAUAUCAUUUUCGGAUUUCAGCUCAAACAAUCGGUAAAUUCAUUCCCGAGGUGUGUGAUUGUCUUAUCGAAUUUCUUGGGGAUUAUGUGAAGCUACCCUCAACAUCAGACGAAUGGAUGGACAUUGUUCGAGGUUUUGAAGACAAAUGGAACUUUCCUCAUACGCUCGGGGCAAUUGAUGGCAAACAUGUCAUGAUAAAAUCUCCCCCACAUAGUGGAUCGGACUAUUUUAAUUAUAAAAAGUUUUUUAGUAUCGUACUGUUAGGAGUGGUUGACUCCAACUGCAAUUUUAUAUAUGCAGACAUUGGGUCCAAAGGCAGAAUUUCAGAUGGCGGAGUUUUCAGAAAUUCAUUACUAUACAAAAAACUAGAACGCAACGAAUUAGAUAUUCCAAAUCCUACUCCUUUACAUGAAUCAUCCCGCAUCCAUGUCCCCUAUAUGUUUUUAGGGGAUAAAGCAUUCCCAUUGACACAUUACUGCCUUAGGCCAUUCAGUGGAUUUACGGAAAGAGGAUCUGUUGAGCGAAUUUUUUAACCAGCGACACUCUAUCGCCAGGCGUCCCGUGGAAAUGGCAUACGGGAUUCAUAGUGCGAGAUUUCGAGUUUUAAGGAAGCCACUCGAAUUAAAUGAGGAAAAUUCAAAAAAAGUGGUAUUGGCUACAAUAUACUUGCACAACUUUUUACGUAGGACUGAGCAUGCAAGAAGACAAGAUAUAAGACAAUUUAUGUCAAAUGAAGUUGAAAAUAAUGUAAAUAUGCGUAGUAUGGAUGCAAACAGAUCUCGACCAAGCAUAGAUAUGAUGCAAAUCCGAAUGCAUAUUGCAAAUUUUCUGAAACAUAAUUGAAUUAUCCACUACAACAAUAUUGAAUUUAAUUUUAUAUCCACUGUUCAAAAAUAA